AUGGUUCUGAUAGAGGAAGACUUGCAAUACGGGGCCGAGAGCAUAAUAAUGCUGUUCAUACCCGUAUCCAUUUGUAUCUCGUUUGUAAUUGCUUCAGUCCAGGCUCUUGAUUUCUAUAAGGAGGAAGGCUUGCCUUUGCCUUUUACACCUUUUGUGCCCGAGGAGAAGGAUGAGGUGAAGGACACCCUGUGGAAGUCCCUGGCCAACUCCCUCAUCAUAGUGGGGGUGGUCAUCAUCAUGACAAUAUUGCUCUUUUUGUUGUUCAAGUACAGAUGUUAUAAGGUGUGUGCGUUCUGGAUGUUUCUCGCUACCCUCCUGCUUCUAUUCAUAUUCUCGUACAUCUAUUAUAGUGAAUUCUGCCGCUACCUGAACACGGCCACAGAUUUCAUAUCUACAGGGUUUAACUUAUGGAAUUUUGGCCUAAUGGGAAUACUAGCCAUACACUGGAAAUCCCCACUGAUAGUGCAACAAUUCUAUCUGAUCGUUGUCUCGGCCCUCAUGGCCCUGACAUUCAUCAAACAUCUGCCUGGUUGGACAGCCUGGGCCCUUCUCAUAGUUAUAUCAGUCUGGGACCUGAUAGCCGUUUUGACGCCGAAGGGACCGCUGAAGGGGUUGGUCAACAUUUCCAGCGAACGACGGGAGAACUUAUUUCCGGCCCUCGUCUACUCAAGUACGCCCUUCUCAGCUGUAGUAGCGACAUCAUCCACAUCACAAGAUGACAUCCAUACUGAGGUUUAUCACGUAUCUACUGCUACUGCUGCUUCUGGAGAUCACGUUUAUAAUGGUAAUAAUUAUGACGACGACAGUACUAACCUCGCCUACAUGAAUAGAUUCAUACAUUCUAAACCGGAUCGUAAGGACGAACCAAAAAUUUCCAGUACCAUUUAUAACGCCGGCAUAAAGUUAGGUCUGGGGGACUUCAUAUUCUACAGCCUGUUGGUUGGGAAGGUCUCACAAUUAGAGGAAUGGAACACUACCACAGCCUGCUUCAUCAGCGUCCUUAUUGGCCUCAGUCUAACGAUUCUCUUGCUGGUACUGUACGAGCAGGCUCUACCGGCCCUACCAAUUUCGGUGUUUUUCGGAGUGGCCUUCUACUUCGGAGGCUACUACACUAUCGACCCCUUCGUAUCCGUCUGCGUGUCUAGGCAAGCCUUCAUUUGA